AUGCAGCAGAAGUUGUGUUCCAGAGGUUCCGGUUCUUUCCUCUUGGAGAGGAACGGUCAGGCCUGCGGCGCCGUCUCCGACUCUGUGGCCUCCUGCGACCUCCCGUUCCGCUGCCCCCGCUGUGGCGAGCAGGAGCGUUUCCGCAGCCUGGCUUCCCUCCGCGCCCACCUAGAGUACCGGCACUCGUACCGCUCGCCGGACGUCAUCACCGGCGGCUUCAGCAUCACCGGCAAACUGCCCGACCCGCUGACGGCGGCGAUCCCCUGGCACGACAUGAGCCUCCCAACCCGCAGGGGGCAGCAGGGCGCCGGCAGGCCGCCUCACGCCCGCUCCCUCAGCGACAGCAGGGACAGCGGCUACCUGCCCUCCUACAGCUCUGUGAGGAGGCGCACUCAGAGCGUCGGCGUGGGGACGCAGGCCGAGGAGGAGGAGGAGGACGAGGAGGCGGGGACGGAGGAUGAAGACGUGGGAGAUGAGGAAGAGGAGGACGACGAUGGUGAAGAUAGAGAUGGAAACAGAACUGAGGAGGACAUGAAAAUGUCCAACAGAAAGUCAGACCACCACCACAUCAACCACCACCACCUCCCCUUCCCUCCUCCGGCUCCCCUCGGACCCCCGCCGGACCCGGACCUGGACCUGGACCUGGACCUGGACUUGGACCUGGUUGAGCAGAACUCCUACUCUGGUUUGGAGACGGCGGCGGCUUCGGCCGCGGUGCGCCGGCGGCUGGCCAACAUCCUGCGGGCGGCCGACAGCACCAUGCAGCGCCGGCUGGCUAAAGUGAGCACUGAGCUGGCCCAGACGGACACGGAGCUGCUGUGCGAGCGCGCUCACUCGCAGCACCUGGCCCAGGAGAGGCAGGAAGUGGCCAACAGGGAGCGGUCGCUGAGCCGGCAGGUGGACGUGGCCGUCAUGGUGAUUGCGGCGCUGAGGGAGCAGCUCAACGCCUCGGAGAACGAGCUGGAGCGACGAGAGAGAGAGGUUCUCACCAUCCAGAAGUUUCUGGAGGCGGCGGCUCGACAGGAGACAUGCGGCAAAGUUCGAAUCCAGCGCUUCAUCGAGAAUCUGCUGAGACGCAUCGCUCUGGCCGAGAGGCUGGUGGAGUAUUACCAGGUGAAUGGCAGCCCGCCGCAGUGCAACCACUACAAGGUACAGCAACACAAGCAGCAAACAGACAACGGACCCCACAGAAUCACUAAAAGCAGGUCGGCGGGAGGUCAGCUCUCCUCCUCUGGUCUCCUCGACAACAGAACCCCGUCCUCCUCCCAGUUCGGCGGCCGCCCUCCAUCCUCCAAACCGGGCGGAGACCGGGACCGGGAGCACCGGGAGCGCCUGGCCCAGUCGUCCAGGCUGUUCUGCCGGCCCGAACACAGAGACGACAUCUGGAACCACCAGCGGCGCCGGUCCACGGGGUACGAGGCCUAG